AUGGGAAAGAUCUCGGUUGUGACUGGUUGUGCUUCAUGUGUGUAUGAGAGACAGAGCAUUUACAUAAUGAAUAAAAAAAAUGGCAAAGCUUCGUGGGAUAUAAGAGCCACAAAGGUCUUUAUUGACCUGUGUAUUGAAGAAGUUGAAAAGGGGGGAAGAAGAGGAACUAGCUUGACAAAGCCUGCUUGGACAAGUAUUGAGGAGAACUUUACUGCAAAGACUGGGAGAGUUUAUACGAAAAUCCAAUUAAAGAACAAAUAUGAUACCUUGCGAAAGGAGUGGCAGUUAUGGGAUAGGCUGCUCCGUGAGACAGGUUUAGGGUGGGAUGCCGAAAGGAAUACUGUUAGUGCCCCUGAUGAUUGGUGGGAGAAGAAAAUAGUGGAAGUUCCAGGCUAUGAGAAAUUUAGAGAAAGAAGGCUUCAAUUUCGGGCUGAAUUGACUCAACUCUUUGGGUCUGUAGCUGCGACUGGACCACAGUCAUGGGCACCUUCUUCCAUGACACUUCCAAGCGAAGGAGUUCCUGAAAAUGAUAUGGAAGAAGGAUCUGGAGAUAGUGAUGAAAUUUUGGGGGCACCAACUGGCAUAAGCGGGGAGUUUAAUUCAGUCACAUUCAAUGACAAUAGUGGAGGAAGUGGAGGCAACACUGGAAUGAGACAGGAAACCAUUCGUGGGGGUAGAAGCACAGGUGGCAGUCGACCUAGUAGCUCAUUAGGAGUUAGAAAAAAGGGUGAAUCCAUGAAGAAGAAAUCUACUACCACUAUGAAAAUAGCGGAUGCACUAAGCAGGAUAGCUCAGGCAAAUGAAAAUGAUUCUCAGCGUGAACAUAAAGAGAUUUCAGAAGCACGUGCUAGGAAGCUAGAAGAAGAAGCACGUGCUUAUGAGACGUCAAUUGCGGGAGUCAUGGAGCACCUUAAUGAAGUUGAUGAAAUUGUUGAUGAUCCUGAUCUGUUUGGCCGGUGCACAACACUUCUUAUGGAUAAGCCAGCUGCAAGGGAGAUGUAUGUGGCUCUGAAGAACAAGAGGGAAAAACUACUGAUCUUCUUGAAGCAUGCAACUAAGGAUUGAGACUUCAUUUAUGUUGCUUAGAAGAUGACUGUGAUAAUUUGUAUCUAUUUUUAUGUGACUUAGAAGAUGACUAUGAUCAUUUGUAUCUAUUUUUAUGUAUUAUGUGACUACUUAAUUUCUGUAGGAAUUAAACAACUUAUUUUCUUGUUAAAUGUUAAGUAAUUUCUUAUCA